CAAGUACUUAUUGAGUUGGGUUUUAAUUAGAAUAGAAUUAUAUUGAUGGCACAAAAUCAAUGUAAAUGCAUUAAAUUACAAUAAUUUGGUCCAUAGGUCAUAAGGGAUCCAUAGAAUUGCUCUCUCUCAGAUUAGUGAGAUAUCCAUUGAAGCGCACUCAAGUAAACGUUCUCCAUUGCAGCGCAGUUGGCGUUCUCCGUUGAAUCUAGUUCUUGUAUCCCCCAUUGAAGCAACUUCUGAGAAAAAUUAAGAUGCGGAAGAGAAACAAAAGGUCCUCACAAGAAUGGAAAGCUGAUGGGAGUAAUGAAGUUGGUAGUUCCUCUAAUGCACAAGAGCCUUCUUGGGAUGAGGCAAUGCCACGAUUGCGUAGUGCAAAUAGGUCAUCGUAUGUUAUGCUGACACUCUUUGCAUUACUCGUUUAUAUCUCAUGGAGUGUUUAUCAUUAUCAGUACGAGGUGUUGCCGGUACCUUUGAGUGCUGAUAAGGCUGGCAAACGGGGAUUUUCGGAGAUAGAAGCUAUGAAACAUGUCAAGGAAUUGACUCAGUUGGGUCCUCAUUCUGUUGGUUCUGAUGCUCUUGACCCCGCUUUGAAGUAUGUGCUGCUUGCUGCAGAAAAGAUAAAAAACACAUCUCAUUGGGAAGUUGAUGUUGAGGUGGAAGAGUUUUAUGUCAAAGAGGGUGCAAAUCAUCUUAAUGGCGGCUUAUUUGUAGGGAAAACACUUAUUUAUGCUGAUCUAAAUCAUAUUAUCUUGAGGAUCACCCCCAAAUAUGAAUCUGAAGCCAAGGAAAACUCUGUUUUGGUUUCAUCUCACAUUGAUACUGUUUUCUCAACGGGAGGAGCUGGUGAUUGCAGUUCAUGUGUUGCAGUCAUGUUGGAGCUUGCCAGAGGAGUCUCACAAUGGGCUCACAGCUUCAGGAGCUCUGUCAUUUUCUUGUUUAAUACUGGUGAGGAAGAGGGUCUAAACGGUGCUCAUAGCUUCAUUAAUCAGCAUCCAUGGAGCGAAACUGUUCGUGUUGCUAUUGAUUUGGAGGCCAUGGGCGUUGGAGGAAAGGCCGGGAUUUUUCAGGCUGGAACUCAUCCUUGGGCUAUCGAAAAAUUUGCCUUAGUAGCUAAGUAUCCAUCUGGUAAUAUCAUGGCACAGGAUUUAUUUACUUCCGGUAUCAUUAAAUCUGCUACAGACUUUCAAGUUUACCAGGAAGCUGGUCUAUCUGGACUUGACUUUGCUUUCACGGACAAUACAGCAGUUUAUCACACAAAGAAUGACAAAGUUGAGCUAUUAAAGCCUGGUUCUCUUCAGCAUCUUGGAGAAAAUAUGUUGGCGUUUUUGCUUCAUGUUGCAUCUUCAACUGAUCUUGUGAAAGGCAAUGCUUCCAGAGCACCAGAACAUGCCGAUCAAAACUCUGCCAUAUAUUUUGACAUAUUGGGGAGCUACAUGAUCGUGUAUAGUCAGCAGUUUGCAAAUAUGCUGAACAACUCUGUGAUUUUGCAGUCGCUGUUGAUAUGGUUCAUGUCCUUAUUUAUGGGCGGUUAUCCAGCUAUAGUUUCGUUUUCUUUGUCAAUUUUAAGUGUUAUCCUUAUGUGGAUAGUUUCUUUGAGCUUCUCUAUUGGUGUUGCCUUCAUCCUCUCAAGCAUAUCGUGGGCAGCAGUGCCUUACAUUGCAAGUCCGUGGUUGGUUAUUGGUUUAUUUGGGUUCCCUUCUCUUCUUGGGGCUUUUGCUGGUCAAAAUCUUGGUUUUCUCCUUCUGCAAAAGUAUCUUUCUAAUGCAUAUGCCCAGGGAAAGCAGACUUUAUUGCCAUCCGUUCAAGUUAAUUUAGCCAGGUUAGAGGCUGAAAGGUGGCUCUUUAAAUCAGGAACUAUGCAGUGGCUGAUUAUUUUGGUUCUGGCACAUUACUAUAAAGUUGGUAGUUCAUAUAUACCCUUGGUUUGGCUUAUUGCGCCGGCUUUCUCAUAUGGGCUACUAGAGGCAACACUGACCCCAAUUCGGUUACCCAAGCCGCUGAAGAUUGUAACCUUACUUAUUUCUUUAUCAGUUCCUCUCUUAGUUUCUAUUGGUUCGAUCAUUCGAAUAUUGGGUGUACUUAUCGGGACUGCUGUACGCUUUGACAGAAAUCCUGGGGGUGUUCCUGAAUGGCUGCUGAAUGUAAUUGUAUCUGUAGUUGUAGCUGCUACUGUAUGCUUGACAUUGGUGUAUCUACUUUCUUACAUCCACCUUUCAGGAGCUAAAAAGUCUAUCAUUCUGGUGAGUUUUGUUUGUUUUGGGCUCUCCCUGGCUGCAGUAUGGUCUGGUGUCAUUCCAAGUUACUCCGAAGAGACUGCUAGAACUGUGAAUGUUGUUCACGUUGUUGAUACAAUGGGUGGACAUGAUAAUGCAAGAGACCCUACCUCGUAUAUUUCAUUCUUUUCCUCAACUCCAGGGAACUUGGAUAGGGAGAUUGAACAGAUCAAUGAAGGUUUUGAAUGUGGUAGAGAGACAGCUGUGGAUUUUGUUACUUUCUCUGUGAACUAUGGUUGCUUGAGCUACAAUGAAACUGAACAAGGAUGGAGUGACCUUGAUAUUCCCAAAAUUGAAAUUAAGAGCGACAGGAAGAUGGAUUUAAGAGUGACUGAGCUUUCAAUUGACACAGGGGUCUCCACGAGAUGGUCUAUUGCAAUUAAUACAGAUGAAAUAACAAAUUUUGAAUUCCGAGUAUCAGGUGAUCAUAAGGAGCUAGUUCCAAUGAGCAAUAAGAGUAGCAUUGGUGGUUGGCAUGUCAUUCAGUUUUCUGGAGGAAAGAAUGCUCCAACAAAAUUUGAUCUUACCCUUCAAUGGAUCAAAAAUUCUGUGCGUUCUACUAGUCAUGCCAGUCCUGAUGCACAAAAAUAUCUUAUAAAAUUGAGGACGGAUAUAAACAGAUUAACUCCAAAAUCAGAGAGAGUUUUGAUGAAGCUUCCUUCUUGGUGUUCUCUUUUUGGGAAGUCCACUUCUCCAUAUACCUUGGCAUUUUUGACUGCUCUUCCCAUUGAUUUCUAAAACAAUUAUUUGCAUUAAGUGCAUAAAUUAUUUUUAUAGCAAAAAAAAAAAAAAAAAAUAUUAACUUUUGAAAUUAGCAUUUGUAUAACCUGUUAGAUGUAUAUAAACUUUAUUUUUAGUUGCAAUUACUUGAUUUUAAAGAG